AUUUAUUUACCCACAAAUAGCAAACACUGUUGCGACCGAAGCCAGCCAAGCAAGCUACGUGUUUUCACAAGUUCAACCCUUCUUUAAAGCAAAGUUUUCCACAAUCCAAAAUGGGUGAUAAUUUCGGCAUUCAUCGUGGCCCGGCUAAGAAGACGGCGGAUAUGGUGGAGGACCGUACACAGGGACAAAUUCUAAGCGAUUUUAUGAUGCAGCUAGAAGACUACACGCCGACGAUUCCGGAUGCAGUCACUUCCUACUACCUCAAUUCGGCCGGCUUCGAGGGUGCUGAUCCGCGGAUAGUACGCCUCAUUUCGAUUGCGGCCCAAAAGUUUGUGUCGGACGUCGCGAACGAUGCGCUGCAGCACUGCAAAACGCGCACAAACAGUGCACCGAGCUCCGGGCACGGAUCAUCCAAGAACCAGAAUCAGAAAUCGUCCAAGGACCGGAAGUACACGCUCACGAUGGAAGAUCUGCAACCGGCACUGAACGAUUACGGUAUCACCGUGCGCAAGGCACACUAUUUCGUCUAGCAUGAUGUGGCGGUAGUGCUGUGUUUGACGCUCAGUCGUUGUUGCUCUUCUUUUCAUACAAGAACCUGAUCCGAGGGAAACCUAUUUUUCUUGCAAAUAAAACAGUACAGCCCAAUGUCAUAACAACCAUGAAA